AUGUUGGUUCAGUUUGCGGAUUUGCUGCUCCCGUUCAUCAUGUCGCUCAUCUUGGUGACCGUCCUUGAGCCUGUGAAGCAGUACACCCUCGAAGUCCUCGAGCUCGGAGAGCCCAGCUCCGAAGCGGUCGACACGAACGGGCGGGCGGGCGGUCCACGCGCCACCGGUGGGCGACCGGGCUUACCAAAGGUGUACCUUUCUCUUAAUCUUCUCCAAGUUGCCCUGCUGCCGCUGUUGCUUGAAGACGUCUCGCAAGGUGGACCGUUUUUCCUGCAUAUCAAGUACUUGACCGAAUUCGUGCGGAGGUACCGCUUGCUUGAAGUCUUCCCCAUCUACUUUCCAGGUGAAAAGAUCGAUCUGUCGGGCGGGGCCGGGAUGCCCCAGCCGCCCACGGGGAGCGGAGGACGUUCAUCGGUGGUGGGACGUUUGGUGGGGAAGGUCUUGACCAUCCUCCUGGCCUUUCGGAUUUUUUGGUUCGUGGGGCAGAUCGUCUGGCUCAGUGGCGAGGCGGUGAUGCAUGACUUCAAGUUCUACAAGAUGGGCGUGGGGAAAAGGACCAGCCAGGCCAUGGGUCCGUGCGGCAGGUUUCAUUUGGAGAAGAGCAUCCCUACCGACAUGAAGCACAUGGGCGACUUCGCCUUGAGCCUGCUGCAGUACGUGGCGCAGUUCCUGAGUCAGCAGGUGUUCUACACCUUGACGCAGGUGAGUUUGACAGCGAUCUUCGUUCUCUUUCUGCUGUUUUCGCCGGUGCAGCGGGACUUCUCCCCGGUGAUGCAGGGCGUCUUCGAGUCCAUGGAGCUUUACUUGAAGCUGAAGACGUUCAUCAGUGCCAUGAUGGGCGUGACCAACGGCAUCGCUUUGGCGGUGAUCGGCCUCGAGCUGCCAGCGGCCUGGGGCUUGUUGACCUUCCUGGCCAACUUCAUCCCCAACAUCGGUGGCCCCGUGGUUUCCAUCGUGCCAUGCGUGAUCUCCUUGCUGGAUGCGCGGAAGUCGCUGACGCAGGUCACCAUGGCCUUCUUCGUGCAGUUCUUCUUGCAUUUCAACAUCGCCAACUUCGUGGAGCCGAUGGUCUUCGGCAGCAGCGAGGACGCACGAUGCUGGUUCCCCCGCACUUCCCCCUAA